UUCAAUGUGGUGCAUGUAGUCUUUCGGAGACCUUUUGAAUUUUGCAACACACCUUCAAUAGUCGACACGUUUGAAUUUUCUGAUAAUCGUAAGCUUUUGAAAGGAAGAUAACUGCAGCUUGACCCUUCAUCUACCCUCUGUCUUUAGGUCUUUUGAGCACAAAUCACAGAAUUAUUAGUUCAGUGUAUGGUUCCUCCUUAGAGACCAAUGGUAUGAAUACAUGGACUGUUAUAAUUUACUCAUCAGCUGCUAAUUUACAUAUCUGAAGACUGAAGAAGGAUGGGAAUUGAAACUUGCCCAACUGCAAAUAAUUUCCAGGAAACCAGAAGGGGGAAACUCGAUUUUCUACCGUUCAAUGCCUAGACUUCAAAUAUUGAUAAAAAGCUUCGGGUUAUUCUUAUAUCCUCUGAGACCUCUCCAAUUAAUUGCCAGAAAAAAGCUACAAGGUAGAGAGUCCUGUCACGAUGACAAUGGAAAUAACUUCUACAUCUUUCCCUUUUCCAACUCAAUGGAAAUAUGACGUCUUUCUGAGUUUUAGAGGUGAUGACACCCGAAAGGGUUUUACGGACCACUUAUACAGCGCAUUGGAACGUCAUGGAAUACUAACUUUCAAGGAUGAUCCUGAACUUCAAAAAGGGAAAUCUAUUUCUCCAGAAUUAUUUAGUGCAAUUCAAGAAUCAAGGUUUGCACUGAUUGUUCUUUCAAAGAAUUAUGCAUCGUCAACAUGGUGCUUGGACGAACUUUUAAAGAUUCUUGAAUGCAUGGAAGCAAGAAAGACAGUGCUUCCAAUAUUCUACGAAGUUGAUCCAUCUGAUGUAAGAAAGCAGAAAGGAAGUUUUGCAGAAGCCUUCACCAAGCAUGAAGAAAAUCUUAAGAAUGAUUUAAUGAAGGUGCAAAGUUGGAGAGAUGCUUUAACGACAGUGGCAAAUUUAUCUGGAUGGGAUUCGAAGAACUGGUACGAAUCAAAGCUCAUAAAAGAUAUUGUUGAACUGGUAUGGAAAAAAUUGCGCCCUACACUAUCAAGUCAUGUGGAGGGUCUAGUUGGAAUGGAAUCAAGAUUGAAACCAAUCAAUUUUUUUUUAAGUGAAAGGGUGGAUGAUGUUUGUUUUAUUGGCAUAUGGGGGAUGGGUGGGAUUGGCAAGACCACAAUUGCUAGAGUUGUUUAUGAGAGAAUCUCUCAUGAAUUUGAGUUCAGUAUCUUUCUUGACAAUGUUAGAGAUAAUGUUGCAAAAACUGGUAUACUUCAUCUACAAAAGCAACUUCUUUCUAAGAUUGGUAUGGAAAUUGAUUACAUAUGGAGCGUUAGUGAAGGGAUCAAAAUGAUAAAGAGGUUUCUGCAUCACAAAAAGGUUCUCCUAAUUCUUGAUGAUGUGAACCAUUUGGACCAGUUAGAACAUUUAGCUGGAAACCGAGGGUGGUUUGGUUCCGGAAGUGUAGUUCUAAUUACAACUAGAGAUGAACAUUUGUUGAUCACACAUGGAGUGGACAGAACAUUUGAGGUCCAGGGACUAAGUGACGAUGAAGCUCUUCUGCUUUUUAGUUGGAAAGCCUUUAAGAGAGAUUAUCCUGAACAAAGUUAUGUAGGUAUGUGUAAUCAUGUUGUGAAUUAUGCCAAGGGUCUUCCGUUAGCAGUUAAAGUCUUGGGGUCUUUUUUGCAUGGAAGAGAUCUAAGUGCGUGGACAAGUGCGUUGGAUAAACUAAGAGAAGUUUGUAAUUCAGAUGUUUUGGAGACUCUUAAAAUAAGUUAUGAUGAUCUAGAGCACGAUGAGCAGAGAAUUUUUCUAGACAUUGCAUGUUUCUUUAACUUGAAGGACAAAAAUCGAGUUAGAGAAACACUGGAUGCUUGUGGGUUUUAUGCAGAAAUUGGAUUGGCUGUGCUUGUUGAGAAAUCUCUAUUAACUAUUUCAGAUGGCAUUAUGUCGAUGCAUGAUUUACUCCAAGAAAUGGGUCGAGAAAUCGUCCGCCGAGAGUCUCCUGAUGAUCCAGGAAGGCGUAGCAGAUUGUGGCGUAGAGAAGACGUCGAUCAAGUCCUGAGAAAAAAUACAGGACAAGAAACAAUAGAAGGUAUAAUGGUGCACCCAUUUGAGCUAGAAUUGGUGACUGCCAAUGCUAGGUCCUUUUUAAUGAUGAACAAAUUGAGAUACCUCAAGCUAAAUAAUGUGGUGCUCUCUAAUGGGCUUGAUUAUCUUCCCAAUAGUUUACGGAUUCUCGAAUGGCCCGAAUUUCCAUUAAAAUCUUUGCCAUCAUCUUUCAGUCCAGAGGACUUAUUAGAACUUAAUCUGCAUCACAGUCGCUUUAAACAUAUAAAGCCUAUAAGCAGUUUAAAAACGAUUGAUCUCAGUCACUCUCUGAGCCUUGUCCAGACCCCAGACUUCAGAGAUAUUCCGUUUCUUGAGCGUCUGAUUCUUGAAGGGUGUAUACAACUGUAUGAGGUUGACUCAUCUGCCGGAAUGCUUGGAAGACUUACAUUGAUGAACUUGAAAGAUUGCAAAAACCUUGUGCGUCUUCCAAAGAGUGUUUGUGGCUUGAAAUCUCUCAAGAUUCUUAAUGUUUGUGGUUGCUCAAAGCUUGAGAAAUUGCCAGAAGACUUGGGCCAUAUUGAGGGUUUGGAAGAGCUUGAUGUGGGUGGAACUGCAAUAAGAGAACCACCUGCCUCCAUCGGUUGUUUCAAAAAUCUUAAAGUAUUAUCUUUCCGUGGAUGUAAAGUCCCGUCAUCUAAGCCAUGGAAUAUUACGCUCUUCCCUUUCUGGCCGCGACAAUCACUAAAAGUAAGUCCAAAUCCCACGUCUUUGUGGUUGCCUUCUUUAUUGGGUUUGCAUUCUUUAACAGAACUAGAUCUACGUCGCUGCAAUCUUUUGGAAGGAGAUAUCCCCAAUGAUCUAGGCUGCAUGUCUUCAUUAAAAUUUUUAUAUCUAAGUGGAAAUCCAUUUGUUAGCCUACCCAAGAGCAUCGGUCAACUUUCUAAACUUGAAUCUCUUGCUGUGGGCAACUGCCACAGGCUUAAAGCAUUGCCAGACCUUCCAUCCAGUAUGUCUUCCGUUGAAGCUUACAACUGUAAUUCACUGGAAACAUCUUCUGUAGACUUGGUUAAACUUCUCACUAAAUUUACUGGAUCUCAAUGUGAUUUUGUUGUUCCCGGGAAUGAAAUCCCCAAGUGGUUCAAUCAUAAAAGUGUGGGAGAUUCAGUAAAUGUGGAGCUGUAUUCAGGUUGGUUAACGGACAAGUGGAUGGGAUUUGCUCUCUGUGCUGUCUUUGGAGAGACACGUCCUGAUUUUAUUCUUUGCGAACUGAGUGUCAAUGGAAAACUGUUGGAAGAGAAGGUAUUUUUGAGCUGUUGGUUGGGAUCAAUUCAAGCAGCUGGUAAUUCUGGCCACCUUUGGUUAUGUUUUGUUUCACGACAUAAACACUUUGUCAAUGAAUGGCAGAAUAUCUACACUCAACUCGAAUUUUCAUUUCCAUCCCUCCGGAAAAGAGCGGAAGUGGAGAAGUGUGCAGUCCGUUUAGUAUACGAGGAAGAUGUGGAGGUGGUUCUUAAGCAAACAUUUCCGAGUCAAAGCAACGUUUGCAUUUGUGAAGAGGUCGUGGACAUCCCUGAUGGCGACUUCAACAAAGCAGCAGCUGUAUCAGUAUCAGAAUCAGAUGAGGUUGCAAAGCAUAAACACUUUGAUGAUGGGGCAGGACCUAGUCGAAUACAAAGUCGAAGUGGUUGUACUGAUGACGAAGAACCUCAUCCAAAAAGAUCAAAACAACACUAGUUAAGUUCAACCAGCACCAUCUCGGAAAUGAUUAUAUAUGCCUUCAAAACUUCCCAAUGCACUGUACAACUUAGAUACUUGUGAACUAGCUAGGAAACUUUCAGAUCUCCACAAAAUCUUCUGAAAAACAUAAUCCUUAGAAAUGUUGUAUCCUGUGAGUUGUCUCUCUGGGCCUUGGAAACAAACCAUAAGAAAGUGAAAAGGAAAGAGAUGGCCAUUCAUUAGUUUAUUAGUUUUAUUGCUUUAGUUUUGUGGUUUUAGUAACUUUUAUCCUUCGGUUCAAUUUUGUAUCUGAGUUUAACGGACAAGAACGGGUUGAGAACUUUGUCGCAAGUACACCUUUUGUGAACAAAUUUAUGAAGAAAUAUAUUCACGCA